AUGCACCAGAGAUACUCUGGCUACCGAGACAUUGCUGUAACAGUCCAACUGUCGCCCCGCAGGAUCUGCUCACCGCGUUCCACACCAAACGCAGCGUCGGCCCUACUGCUGUUUCAGACCUUCCGGCCGCUGCUCCAGGCGGCCCCGGCACCCAAGUGGGUGUUGAUCUCCAGCAACAGCACCUCACCCGCGUCGAUGGAGGCGAUGAGCUCCUUCAUUAUUCCUGUGUAUAGGGUGUCGAAGAUCGCUUUGAACUGGCUGAUCCAGCAAGUUUGCCUCCGCACUGCUGAGAAUGAACAGUUCGGGUGA